GCCCAGCUCGGCCGCCCGGGAAGAUGCGACUGCUCGCGGAAUGGCUCCUCUUGCUCUUUGGCCCUUGGCUUCUUAGGAAGGUCGUCAGUGCCCAGAUACCAGAGUCGGGAAGGCCGCAGUACCUGGAGCUGCGCCCAGCUACUCCAGGAAGGGGUGCCCCUGGCCAACAGCUCCCGGCGUCCAGGUCUUCUGAUGGCCUGGGGCUGGCCGGUGCCUGGAGCUGGGCCUGGCCGGCUAACCACACGGGGGCGCUGACCCAGGCGGGGGUGGCCGGGGCACUGCCGGCUCAGCGCACUAAGAGGAAGCCGUCCAUCAAAGCCACACGAGCCAAAAAGAUCUUCGGCUGGGGGGACUUCUACUUUAGAGUGCAUACCCUCAAGUUCUCGCUGCUGGUGACCGGCAAGAUCGUGGACCAUGUGAAUGGUACCUUCAGUGUGUAUUUCCGCCACAACUCCUCCAGUCUGGGCAACCUCAGUGUCAGUAUUGUGCCACCUUCUAAGCGUGUGGAGUUCGGGGGCGUCUGGCUGCCUGGGCCUGCCUCCCACCCACUACAGUCUACACUGGCCCUGGAGGGGGUGCUUCCUGGGCUGGGGCCCCCUUUAGGGAUGGCGGCAGCUGCGGGACCGGGGCUUGGGGGCACCCUUGGGGGCGCACUGGCAGGUUCGCUAGGCAGCGCUCUGGGAGUGCCCGGGGCCAAAGAAUCACGCGCUUUCAAUUGCCACGUGGAGUAUGAGAAGACAAACCGAGCUCGUAAGCACCGCCCGUGCCUGUACGACCCUUCGCAGGUGUGCUUCACUGAGCACACGCAGAGCCAGGCCGCCUGGCUCUGUGCCAAGCCCUUCAAAGUCAUCUGUAUCUUCGUCUCCUUCCUCAGCUUUGACUACAAACUGGUGCAGAAGGUAUGCCCAGACUAUAACUUCCAAAGCGAACACCCUUACUUUGGAUAGCGCCCCUGGCCCGGCCCUGAGCAUCCCGCCAAAUCCCAGCCUCUGUAAGUGGGACUCCUCCCGAUAUCCCUCCGCUCCUGUGGUCUCCUCC